GAGACCUGCUGCGAUUAAGAUUACGUAUUCAAACCUGGGGGAAUCAUCGAAGAAACAUAUACCCACUCCACUUUCUCUCUCUAGAUCUUCGCAAUCACGCGUUUUCUCCCUCUGAUGGCUACGCAUUUAUGCAUAUAUAUAGACGUGGAGCCGAUCCUCCAAUGGCUGAAAUGCGUGAGGAACUCCCACCGGGAAGGAAUUGAAAAUAUCCUUUGGGAAACCCUACUGUUUUACUUUUAGAUUCCUGCUUUCUUGAAUCUCCCCUUGAAUUGUUCGUUAGGUAAAGCAUCUAUCGUUCCUGCCUUUUCGGUUUGGUCUUGUGUUCGUUUAUCUCGUACAGCUUUUUCCUUUCUUCUGAAUGUCUCACUGUUCUAUCCGGAAUUCGGAAAAAUUAUGGGUUUCAUGGACAGAUUUUCGGGCCGUGCGUCGAGUAGCACUGCUUGCAGGCUGAUGGCGGGAUCACAGAUGGUGGCCAGAGAGCUGAAGCAAACAAUUAAUAGUUUGUUUAGCAAGACUCAAGAAGCUGCAGUUGAUAGUCCAGAAGAAGUUGAAAUUUUGAAGGAGUUCUACAUUCCUGACUACAUACUUCUACCUGAUUCACAAACAGAAGAAGGAUGUGAUGUUCCUGCAUGUCCUGUGAUUGUAUUCAUCAACUCAAAAAGUGGCGGGCAGUUGGGUGGUGAACUUUUACUAACAUGCCGUAAUAUUCUUAAUAGGAAUCAGGUGUUUGAUCUUGGGGAAAGGACACCUGACAAGGUGCUCCACCAGCUUUAUUUCAAUUUGGAGAAGCAUAAGCAGAAUGGGGAUCACUUGUCUGCUGAAAUUGAGAGAAGAUUACGUAUCAUAGUUGCUGGUGGGGAUGGAACAGCUGGGUGGCUCCUUGGAGUGGUUUCGGAUCUUAAACUAGCACAACCACCGCCAAUCGCUACAAUGCCACUAGGAACAGGGAACAAUCUCCCAUUUUCAUUUGGUUGGGGGAAAAAAAAUCCUGGUACAAACUAUCAAUCCGUCAAGGCAUUCUUGGAACGAGUAAAGGUCGCAAAAGAGAUGAAGAUUGACAGUUGGCAUAUUGUCAUGCGGAUGAGGGCUCCAAGAGAAGGUUCAUGCGACCCUAUUGCACCUCCUGACUUACCGCAUUCAUUGCAUGCCUUUCACCGUGUCUCCCCAACCGAUGACAUGAAUGAGGAAGGAUACCACACAUUCCGUGGGGGAUUUUGGAAUUAUUUUAGCAUGGGCAUGGAUGCUCAAGUUUCCUAUGCAUUCCACUCAGAAAGAAAGCUGCAUCCAGAAAAAUUCAAAAAUCAGUUAGUUAAUCAGACUACUUAUGCAAAGCUUAGCUGCACGCAAGGAUGGUUUUGUGCAUCCCUUAUGCAUCCAUCUUCAAGAAAUAUAGCUCAGCUCACAAAGGUUAAAAUCAUGAAAAAGCCAGGUCAAUGGAUAGAUCUUCACAUACCGCAGAGCAUCAGGUCCAUUGUUUGCCUCAACUUGCCUAGUUUCUCUGGGGGUCUUGAUCCUUGGGGAAGGCCUUGUAAGCAGAAGCUUCAUUCGAGGGACUUAACUCCACCAUAUGUCGAUGAUGGGUUUUUUGAGGUCGUUGGUUUUCGAGAUGCAUGGCAUGGACUUGUUUUGUUUGCUCCAAAUGGGCAUGGGACUCGCCUUGCACAGGCAAACAGGAUCCGGUUUGAGUUCCACAAGGGUGCUGCUGAUCACACAUUCAUGAGGAUUGAUGGUGAACCAUGGAAACAACCCCUUCCCAUGGAUGAUGACACGGUCGUGGUUGAAAUUUCCCACUUCGGGCAAGUCAGCAUCCUUGCAAACACGCCCUGCCGCUCCAGAAGCAUCAAUGCACCUUACUCUCCACAAACGUCUGAGGACUAUGGAUACAACAGUAAUGAAGAUGAAGACGAAUUUGAAGAAGGGGGGUCUGAAGAGCGGAAGAAGUUUGGCGCAGCUGAUACUUUCCGACUGCCAGACGAUUUUGAGGUUGCACAUCUUAGUUGAGUUGUCUGUCAUGUAGUUCUGCUAAACUUUAACUAUGAGGUCGGCGGAAAGAGCUUUUCCUGUUAUCAAAUUCACCAUAGCCAGGAUUGAUGUACAGAGCAUUCUGUAUGAUACUGUAGUUUUGUGUAUAAAUGCUAAUUUUUUUGUAUAGAUGCGAUGUAGAGAUUGAUAAUAUAAUCCACUUGAAUGGAAAUGAAGGCUUCGCAGUUGUUAUUGAUGGCGGUAGUAGCCUUGCAUCAGGCACGCUUGUGUCAUUUUUUAGAACAGAAUGGUCUUAUGGACUUCCCAGCGUAAUCAAUCCAGAAUGGCAGAAUGAGAAAGACCAUUUAAAAUCA